GAGUUCUUCGAGUACACUCCUGGUGUGCUGCGCGCCUAUGUGAAGCCGAAGCACCUGGAUGCCCUGACCUUCACGCUGCAGCCGGUCAUCGAGACCCGCAUGGGCUGCAAGUUCAUCUGGGGCGAAGUCAAGGAGCUGAACGGCGACGAGAAGACUGCCACUUACAAGCCUAUGUUCCAGUCGGGACGGGAAACCAUCGACUUCGACUACUGCCUCAUCUGCGCCGGCUGCAAUUUCGGUCCCUUCCACAAGUGGGGUGAGUCCCUGUGGUUCCCCACCAUCCAUGAAGACGCACGGCCAGAAGGCUCCUGGCCGCACCUCGACGAGCGAUUCCUGGAAGGUCGACGACGACACAUCCUCGAGGAGUUCAACUUCAUCAAGGGUCUGAACGAGAAAGGCGCCACCAUCCUGGUGGUGGGCGCCGGUUUCAUCGGCGUGGAGUGGGUCACCGAGCUCCAGCACUUCUUCCCAAGGCUGAAGCUGACCAUCAUCGACUUCCUGCCGCAGCCCCUUGGCCCACUUCCGGCAAAGGCGGCCCAGUACUGCGAGGCGUACAUGAAGAAAGUGGGCAUCAAGCAGUUCUACAACACCAAGUACGAUGCCAAGGAUCCCGAAUUUUGGAAGAAGAUCGAGCUGCCGAGCGGGCCCGACAAGGAGUACGUGUGCAUCGGCGUGAAGGCGUCGAACUAUUUCAUGCCCAAAGAGACCCUCAGCGAGAAGGGGCCGGGCGGCGGCGGCUGGAUCCUGAUGGAGCAGAGCCUGGCCGUGAAGACCCGUGAGGGAAAGCUGUGGGGAGGUGACGAGAAAGGCUUCCCGCGCAUCUACGCAGUGGGCGACUGCAACUACUCCUGUGUCGAGGAGCCGGGCAAGAAGCCCAACGAGUGGCCCAUCCCGCCGAUUCCCAAGAUCUCCUAUCCGGGUGAGGAGAUGUGCAUUGUGGCGUGCACCAACAUCGAGAAGACGGACAGGCUUCUGUUCCAGAACAAGACCGUCGACUGCUGUGGCGAUCCGCUGAAGAUUGCCAACAUGCACUGGCCUUGGGGAGCUGGCAUGUUCGCCACCUCGCUGGGCCCCGACGAUGCUUGCUUCGUGGCCGGAGCCAAUUGGGAGAAGAACUCCGGCCUCAUGUGCGUUUGGGGCCAGGUCUGCGCGGUCCAGAAGGAGGUCAUCGAGGCCUCAAAGACGGACGAGUGCGCCUAUGGCUUCAUCGGCCGCUGCAUCUGGUACUUCGUGCACCACACGCCCGUGCACCUCUUCGGUGGCGGCCCCCGAUGGGGCUACUGA